AUGGUUCUUUUGCGCCCGACUAUCAGUAGCGGCAAUCCUAGCACGAACGGUGUCACUCCGGAGCCAAUCUGUCUCCUGUGUGGGGUGUUAAUUACAGCCGCCGACGAUGAAUCCAGCAAGGAUAUAUUAAGCAGGAAAAGAAAAUGGAUAGCUCGUUGGAAUUUGAAAACCAAGCAGCACAUGCUUGUGACAUCUCAUGAGAUAGAGGAGGCAUCCUUCGCUGAUUGUCCGCGGCUGUGGUCCAUGUUUUGCCGAGCUAACAGACUAAUAAGAACAGUAAUCAAGGAAUCGGAUAGGAAAUUCCGCCUGACGGGGAUAAAUAUGCUGAGCUCAAACCACGGCCCUUACUAUACGCCAACUGAUCCAGCGACGGCAAGAAUCGGCGGUCUGAGAUAUGCCGGAUAUGACGAUACUCAGUUCACUCAAUUCUAUGCCGCAAGCAUUACAAGACAACCCAGACAAUAUAAAGGGAGCGUGGUCGGAUACAUUGUUCACGCGCAUUGCUGGGCACUCUUCGGUCAAAUUGAAGGACUGAAAUUGAAUAAAACAGCCCUUGCCCAGGUCGUUCAGACUUGCCGCAAAUUCUGGCACAGAAACGAAUUAUGGGGGGCCUAUGGAAAUUUACUGUUCUCUAAGAUCGGACCAAACGAGCCUUAUUUUAAUGCAGAGUACGGCUGUGACUUCUUUCUGAGCCCGCUCGUUGUUGGUGCAGUUCAAGAAGCAAUCAUUCGAGCCAAGGAAGAAAAUUUGCGUUUUGCAAGCACUAAAGCCAUUGUUCCGCUUUGUCGUUUUAGCGGCCUUCCACUAGAAAUUGCUAUCUUGAUCGCCGAAUUGAUCUGCCCAGUGCAGUAUACGCCGAAUGAUGUGAACGACAUGAGGGAAAUGCUACUAGCGUUUCGUUGGAAGUUACCAGAUUGGUUUUGGCGGAAGCGAUGGAGCAAACAUCUCUUCAUUGAGCUAGGAGUGAAAGGUGGGACAGCUCCAGUGGACUGGCUAUUGUGGCUUAAUUUACUUGGUCUUGUUUCAGAUCCAGACUGGUUUCGUUACAGUGGUCUACCAAACCGCGAGCGAGUGGUGGGCAUCAUACUAGCUCUUGAGAACAUCUACGUGCAAUAG